AUGGCGACAGGAGAUGCCGCGCCCGCGAGCAAUCCUCAACCUAUUCCUCCACAACCCUCUCAUCGCGGCGCGCCAAACCCCCACGACCAAUCUUCGACACCUGCGCUGUCGCCGCCGUCGAAACGAGAGCUUGCAUCGUGGUGGAAGAAGUUUAGGAAGACAACGGAAAAGUCUGACGAAAAGACUGAAGCGCCCGGCAUAUUUGGUGUGCCCCUCGCGGAGAGCAUACGCUAUGCCAACGUCGCAAUCUCCUUGACCAACGAACAGGGCGAGAGCUUCAUCUACGGAUACGUGCCCAUAGUCGUCGCCAAAUGCGGUGUUUUCUUGAAGGAGAAGGCAACCGACGUUGAGGGCAUCUUCCGCCUUAGUGGAUCUGCCAAACGUAUCAAAGACCUGCAAGCCGUGUUCAACUCUCCCGAUCGCUACGGCAAAGGUCUCGAUUGGACAGGUUAUACUGUCCACGAUGCCGCCAACAUUCUGCGACGAUAUCUAAACCAACUACCCGAACCAAUCGUACCGCUCGAGUUCUAUGAACGCUUCCGCGAACCACUGCGCCCAUUCGCGGCGCGGACCACAGCCGAACCGGAGAUUAUGCCCAUUGACAUGGGCGUGCAACAACACAGCGAGGCUGUAGCCGCGUAUCAAAAGAUGAUAACCGAGCUGCCUCCUUUAAACCGGCAGCUUCUGCUAUAUAUUCUCGAUCUACUGGCCGUUUUCGCAUCCAAGUCGGAUCUUAAUCGCAUGAAUGCGGCCAACCUGGCAGCUAUUUUCCAGCCUGGUAUCAUUUCCCAUCCACAACACGACAUGGCGCCCAUGGAAUAUCGCUUGAGUCAGGAUGUGCUGAUAUUCCUAAUUGAGAACCAAGACAACUUUUUGAUUGGCAUGACCGGCACUGCUGUUGACGAGAAGACUGUCAAGGAUGUCGAAAGUGGCGCUGCUUCAGUGCGGUCACCAAAACCCAAUAGCAUAGUGGGGAGAUCGACCUCGAAUGCUAGUGCGGGCGCGGACAGCUUGCGCAAAUUUGGGGUCAGAAGGAACGUGUCUGUCUCCUCGAACCAUUCGCGAGAAAGAGGAAGCCCAGGCGUAUCAUCUCCAGGCACUCCUACCGGACUGAGCCAGCUGAGCACCACCAAUUCUAAUACUGGAGGUAUAGGACGCAGCAACACCGUGCCGUCAAAGCGGUCACCUGCGCUCGCCGGCGGCAGAUUCCACCGCAUGCAUGAAACGUCGGCUUCAAAUUCACCAACAGUUUCUUCACCAGCCCCGCAACCCGAGACGCCAACAACACCCGUCCCCGUUCAGGAGUCCACUGCACCACAGUCUGUGUCGCCAAAGGUCGCUUCGGUCCCGGCACCCGCGCACUCGCCUUCUCUGGGCCCGUCCGUACCGGCUGGAGCGCAGAAGGAGCGAAAAAUCUCGAAUUUGUUCGCCAGGUCACCUAUCUUCGGGCCCUCGGAAGUCCAGCCGUCACGACAGCCGAAAAAGCUGCAGAAACGUUCUCGGAUUCCCGGGAGCGCCCAUGAGAGUGCGCAGAGCUCUCAAGCGUCACUCCAGGGUGACGACACACAGGCUUUUCACACGCCCCUUGUGUCUCCCAACAUCAUGCAGAGUAUUAAGCCUGACCCAAUCGGUACUCAGCAACCCAACAUACAGAACACUUCGGCGACGCCGGUGGAGACACCUACAGCAACCACCAUUUCCCCUGGAUCGGCAGAGAAGUCGCAGGGCUUGCACUUACAACCGCCUCGCUCCCCCGCCGGCUCCCUCCAUUCGCGCUCUACGGAUCAUUCAGAGUUUGACAAACUUGACGACACUGCUGCGGCAGCCGCCACUGCUGCGGCCAGUCCACCCGACAAGGAAAAGAAGCGGUCGAGAUGGCGCUUCUCGAGCUCUGCAAAACGCACUGAAGAUUUUCCGCUUUCGCCACCACCUCCGAUCGGUGGCAACGCAGGGGCUAGGGGCAGUAGCAGCUCAUUCGGCAGCAAUCGACCGAGAAAAAGCUUUACGGGUGACAGUGCUGCCACAGGCACAUCUCAACAAGACCGGGACGGCAGUAUGCUGGGUGGACAGACUCUUAUGGGAGCCAGCACCCACAGUCGUGAAAGUAGCGAGAUGCUUCGCGAUGUCACGAACACUAAUUCCAACACACCCAGCGAGGAAAAGAAGGGGCUAUUCGGCAAGUGGAAGGCGAAGCUCAACGACCGGAGCGAACAGAAGAAGCUGGAAAAAGAGCGCGCCAAGAGCCCCCCUGCACCCGGUCAUGGUCAGUCACGCACCAGCUUGAGCAGCACAGUCGUCGGCUCCGGUCAGAGCGGCAGCCGAGGAAGGAGCAUGGAAAUCUUGAGAGGGAGUCAAUCGAGUAAUGAGGGCGGUGUCGGUCCCACGGAAACAGAACGAGGACCCAACCAGCCCCCGCUGCAGACGGUCGUUGAGAGGCCUGUCACCGAGGCCCGAGAAAGAGCUGACAUGUCUGGCCUGUCUCAGACACAACCACCUCCGAUACCGACAGCGCAUACGCAAGUGACGGAGAAGGCUGCUGGCGUCCCGACUACAGAGGCCACCGAUCCUGUGGCUGCGACCGAGCCUACUCCCGUCUCCGCCACCGGUCCAGCAGCUGCAUCUGAGACGGUCGGCCAGAGCCCGCAGGCCGCACAAGAGAAGGUCACCCCGAAUACCAACAAUACUGGUUAA